AUGACUAGUCAGUCAUCCUACUACGUGACGUGUAAUGGAGGCUACUGUUUGCCGAAGCAUUUAUGUCCAACGGGAACGUUCGAAGAAGUAUCAACAUUGGACCGAAACGAACGUUUGACGCUGCAGGUUGAUGAAGAGAACGAGUGUGGAGAUUUCAUGAAGAUAUGCUGCAAAGGAUCAUUGAGCUCGUUUGAUAACAUUCCGACCUCGAUGAAUGUUGCAACAAAUGGCGAUUACAAGUGUGGUUUGUCCAAUCCGGAAGGUUUGUUGUACGAUGUGGAAUCAAACCUUACGUACGCGAAAUACGGCGAGUUUCCAUGGACUGUGGCCAUUUUGAAGAUGUCUUUCUCGUCCAACAAUAUUGUGUUGACGUACGUUGGUGGCGGAACUCUUAUACAUCCUAAAUUUGUGCUGACCGCAGCUCAUACGCUGGAGAAACCUCAUCGAUAUGUAGCUCGGUUUGGUGAGUGGAACAUAAACUCGGAAGCAGAGGCAUAUCCUUCUCAGGAUAUCGGAAUAGAGGAACACAUCCUACACCCGUCGUUCCGUGACUUGUGCACACCCGAAAACGAUAUAGCACUGGCCGUACUGAAACGAAGUGUAAUCUACACGGAACACAUCCGACCACUUUGUCUGCCAACUGAACAGGAUGCACUAAAUGCGCUAACUGCUAAGAGGUGCAUCGCAACCGGCUGGGGAAGAGACGUACGCACCCAACAGCCAGCGCCCAUUAUGAAACGCAUUGAACUGAACGUUGUCGCAAACACGACGUGUCAGACUUUGUACCGAUUGGCUGACAGGAACAGCUAUUUCAAGCUGCAUCGUAGCUUUAUGUGUGCGGAAGCGGCGGCCGUUCAGGAUACGUGCGACAAAGAUGGAGGCACACCGAUGGCUUGCCCAAGGGAGGAUGGAUCUUACGCGUUGAUCGGUAUAACUUCUUGGGGAUUGGAAUGUGGCCGUACGGAUGCUCCGGGAGUGUACGUGGAUGUGCCGAAAUUUGCCUGCUGGAUAAACAACACGAUCGCAGGGUAUGAGGAGUUUCAUGCUGAAGAAUAA